AUGAAUCCCCGUCCGGCGGCGGCGCACCGCGGCGGCAUCCCGGAGGAGAUCAUCAUCUGGGAGAUCGUGCCCCGCCUUCCAGCGAGGGCCCUCCUCCGCUGCCGCGCCGUCUGCCGGUCCUGGCGCAAGGCCCUCACCUCCCUCAAGUCCAACCCCGACCUCCUCCUCGCGCACCACCGCCUCCAGCCGUCCCUCCCCAUCGCCUCCUGCUUCCAGCUCGCCCGCCACGACCUCCGCGCCGUCGCGCCCCGCUCCGCCGCGCCCGUCGCCUCGCUCCGCCACCCCACCCUCCAGGUCAGGGCCUCCUGCGACGGCCUCCUCGUCCUCUCCCUCAGCCCCGCCAGCUACUACGUCUGCAACCCGGCCACCAGGCAGUGGCUCCUCCACCCCUUCUUCCCGCACUUCCUCGGCUUCUACCCCCACCGCCCUUCCGGCGAGUACAGGAUACUCCACGGCACCGGCCCGCCCAGCCGGUCCCGCCGUAAAACAUCCUACUCCGUCUUCACCGUGGGGUCUCGGAAGCCGAGGGGCAUCGGCCGCCCAGCGGCGUCUUCCUCCGAAGAGAAAGCGCUGGCCCAUGGCAUCAUCAAGACCGCGCCCGACCGCCCGUCCAUCCUGCUCCACCAAAGCCUGCAUUUUUACCCUGUCAAAAAUAAAGAAGCUAACAUCAACAUGGUAAUGGCGUUCAGCACCACGGCAGAGUCCUUCCGGUGGAUGACCGCGCCCCCGGAUGUACAGCCGUCCGCGACCUUGUUCGAGACGGACGGCAAGCUCGGCCUCUCCAGCGUCAGCGAGGACAUGACGGAGGUCCACAUCCACACGCUGCACGACUACGGCAGCAGCGAGGCGUGGGAGUUCAGGUACAAGCUCAGGUUACCAGUGGUGGAGCUGAACCUUUCGGCUGCGCGCCGCAGUUUCAUAGAGGUGGCCGCGAGCGAGGAGGGCGGCGUGCUGGUCUAA